UAGAAAUAGCAUCAAGCUUAAACAGUGUUUGUUAUUGAAUAUUUUCUUUUUAAUUUCUUAUACAAAAUACAAAAGAAAUCAGUUCGAAGUUAUCAACAGAUAAAAACUUCUAACAUUUCUUGUCAAUAAUACAAAUUAUUUGAAUUGUGGAGGUAUUUAACCCUUUCGUGAACCUAAAAAAAACGUGCAAUAAAUUCUUCAAAAUGGCCGAAUUGACAGUCAAUGCAAUAAAAUAAUUGUCAGCCAUAUUUGUGUGCGAGAGAAGCGAAAACCUAGUUUUUUUUUUCAAAGUACGUCUUUUCUUUUUUGUUUGCCGUUAAUUAUUAUACUCUUCUCUUUCUUUUAGCAAGCGGCUGAAAAAGAACACACGACUUGUUUUUUUUUUUUUUUGUGUUCGUUCUCAACUCGUCGGUCGUUCGUUCGUUUUUCUCUCAUUGAGGCAGGCCGUGUGCUUUCCAAACAAACGUCAGUCUGUUGAGUUAACCGCAACGCGGAGCAACAAAGCGGAAUUUUGUGUUUUCGUCAUCAUUGCGAUUAUAUUACCGAUUCGUCGUUAUGUCCACAGACAGACGCUAGAUAGUUUAUUUUUAUGCGAUUGUGUUUAUUUUAAUCCGUGUCACACCCUUUGGAUUUUUAUGACAGAUAAAUAAAAAGAUUUCACCUGUACCCAAAAUAACAAACAGUUCUUGGUGAGAUAAAUGUCAAAAUCAUUACACUCGACUAUUUUGCGAUUGUGUCCGUCUCCGCACCCACCAUAAAUAUAAUUAAUCUAUCGUCAUAGUGCUUAAAUAUUGUCCGGUUUUUAAAAAGCCGAUUACUAAAACCAUUUAUCGAAAUCAAAAGCCUGCUCCAAAACAGUGAGCGACUACUGUCACUGUCACCACAGUGUCACCCCAGGGCAAGGCAUCCAUGGUUUUUUGCCGCAAUUAAAUGCGCAUUUCGCUAUGUUUACACUACGAAAUAAAAAAACGCUUUCAACUUCUGUCACUUUUUUUGCCAGUCCGUUACUGCUAAAUUACAGUAAAGGUGAGAGCGAGAUGUAGAAAUUAAAACAACACAACGAAGAAAAAAAGAGUUCAAGUGAAAUUUAUAAAAUUAAUAUUUUUCGGUUGUCCGACGAAACAUUGGAAGCGAGCGUAGCGUUUGGAAACGGAAGGGAAAGAAGAAAACAAAGAAUUUGCCGGCCUGCCACUCGACGCCAAUAUUCUUUCGGUUUGUCAAUGCGCACCCAGCGUGUGUGAGAGAGUGUGUGUAUACAUGUGUGUUACUUAUUGAAUCGCGUUUGUGUGUUACAAGUGGAUUAAGUGGUUUUUGAAGGAGCUUCAUUGCCGCUGCCCGGCCGCCGUCUUCGUCCUCUUUUGCUUUCGCCUUUCGGUUUUAUUUUUCAACCCGCCACCCCUUUUCACCCGUCGUCGUCAUCGACAUCGUCAUCAUCUCUCACCACAUCGGUUUGUUUUAAGUGUUUUAUUUUUCGUUCCUUCGUUCGUUCGUUGAAUUUUGUCUAUACAUUUUGCCCUGCGAUUUAUAAGCAAUUAUCGUGGUUCUUUUAUUUUGCAUCAAGGGUUUUUUGGUCGUCGCCUGCUGCUUUCAUCUGUUUCUGUUGUUUGUUCGAUUCGAUUCGACUCGACUCGAGGAGUGAUUGCAAGGAAAAGGCUUAUCGACGCGUCACCACGUUAAUAUAAAAUUGUUAAUAGAGUGCGAGUGAGUGAGUUUUUCAAAAGCAAAAAAGAAAAGGAAAAAAUUACCCAAACCGUUAUUUCAACACCAAAUAGUUUAUACAGUGCUGCGCAAACAUAUAGCGAGGAAGAAUAAAAGUUUUAUUGUGUUUUCAUUUUUUUUUUCGUUUGGUUGUUAAUUACACUUAUUACAACACACCUCGACGAUUAAUUUCAGUGUGUGGAUUAACUUCUAAUUCUAGAGAUAACUUACAUUAAUUUCUGAUAGGCUUGAAAAGCAAGUCUUUAUUGUUUUUGAAUAAGAAAAGAAGAAACAAAUCAUCGGCGGGGAUAUGUAUCCGGCACCGGUUCGUCAUCCAUCAGCUGGGGGUCCUCCUCCACAGGGGCCACUCAAAUUCACAAUUGUGGAUACAUUGGAAAGGAUAAAGGAGGAGUUUAAUUUUUUACAAGCACAAUAUCACACAUUAAAACUAGAAUGCGAAAAGCUAGCAAAUGAAAAAACAGAAAUGCAACGUCAUUACGUUAUGUACUAUGAAAUGUCCUAUGGCCUUAAUGUAGAAAUGCACAAGCAGACAGAAAUUGCGAAACGGUUAAAUACCUUAAUAAGCCAGCUUUUGCCAUUUCUACAAACUGAUCAUCAGCAACAAGUGUUACAGGCCGUCGAACGGGCCAAACAAGUAACAAUGCCUGAAUUAAAUUUAAUAAUUGGGAACCACCAACAACAGGGAAUUCAACAGCUUUUACAACAAAUUCAUGCGCAACAAGUGCCCGGUGGACCACCACAGCCGAUGCCAAGUCUUGGAGCGUUAGCUGGACCAUUCGGAGCUUUAGGUGGACCAAUGGGAUUACCACACGCACCACAAAGUCUGUUAAAAGCACCGCCAGACCAUCAUCGGCCAGAUAUGAAAAGUAAUUUAGAUGGACCGUCUGCUGAAGAGAGACUGAGAAACUCUGUAUCACCAGCGGAGCGUGAGAAAUAUCGUACCCGGUCACCUCUUGACAUUGAGAAUGACGCCAAGCGAAGAAAAGAAGACAAACUGGCACAUGACGACGAUGGCGAGAAAAGCGAUCAGGAUUUAGUCGUAGAUGUGUCAAAUGAAAUGGAAUCACCAUCCCCACGACCAAAUGGCGAUCACAUCUCGAUAGAUUCACGCGAUCGUGAUCGUGACAGUAUUGGCCUAAACGGAGAUCGAUCCGAUAAACCCGGUAGUAGUAAUUCAAAACAGACCAGCGACAGACCACCAUCCCGAUCGGGCUCAAGCUCAUCACGAUCGACGCCCAGCCUUAAAACUAAAGAUCUCGACAAACCUGGAACUCCGGGUGCUAAGGCCAGAACACCAACACCGAAUGUACCUAUGCCGGUAAAUCCAAAGCAAGUACUUCCACAGGUUCCACCAGCAGGCUAUCCCAAUUCCCCAUAUCAGCGGCCAGCGGAUCCCUAUCAGAGACCACCACCAGAUCCUGCGUAUGGUCGACCUCCGAUGGCGUAUGAUCCACACGCUCAUGUACGCGCUAAUGGUAUCCCUCAUUCUGCUGGAUUGGCCGGUGGAAAACCAGCCUACUCAUUUCACAUGAAUGGCGAAGGCACCUUACAACCGGUGCCCUUUCCGCCGGAUGCCCUAGUGGGUGUGGGCAUCCCAAGGCAUGCACGCCAAAUGAGCACACUCUCCCACGGUGAAGUUGUGUGCGCCGUAACGAUCUCGAAUCCAACGAAAUACGUUUAUACCGGUGGUAAGGGAUGCGUCAAAGUUUGGGAUAUUGCGCGACAAGGCAGCAUGACACCAAUCAGUCAAUUGGACUGUUUACAACGCGAUAAUUAUAUUCGCUCAGUAAAACUUCUGCCCGAUGGAAGAACUUUGAUUGUGGGUGGUGAAGCAUCAAAUUUAUCAAUAUGGGAUUUGGCUAGUCCGACACCAAGAAUUAAAGCUGAAUUAACAUCGGCUGCACCAGCGUGUUAUGCUCUGGCGAUUAGUCCCGAUUCCAAAGUAUGCUUUUCCUGCUGCAGUGAUGGAAACAUUGCCGUUUGGGAUUUACAUAAUGAGUCGCUUGUGCGACAAUUCCAGGGCCACACAGACGGUGCCUCGUGCAUUGACAUUAGUCCUGAUGGUUCACGUUUAUGGACUGGUGGUUUAGACAAUACAGUGAGAUCUUGGGACUUAAGAGAAGGCAGACAACUGCAACAACAUGAUUUCAGUUCACAGAUAUUCUCACUAGGUUAUUGUCCAACGGGAGAAUGGUUGGCAGUGGGUAUGGAAAAUUCACACGUAGAAGUAUUGCAUGCAUCGAAACCAGACAAAUACCAAUUACAUCUUCACGAAAGUUGUGUUCUUUCAUUAAGAUUUGCCACAUGCGGCAAAUGGUUUGUGUCAACUGGAAAGGAUAACUUGCUGAAUGCAUGGAGGACACCAUAUGGAGCCAGCAUAUUCCAAUCCAAAGAAACCUCGUCAGUGCUUAGCUGCGACAUAUCAACUGACGAUAAAUACAUUGUCACUGGAUCUGGAGACAAAAAAGCAACCGUCUACGAAGUCAUAUAUUAAAUAUUCAUACAAAUAUUCAACAUCACAGCAACAACAAAAACAAAAAAAAGGAGUCAGCAUCAAUAUUUAAAAAAAAGACAUCGUUGUUUUUUUUAAGAUAGUUUUCUUUCUUAACAUUUUAUUUUAAUUUCUUAUGUUCACAUUUUAUUUCAGGGAUUUAUAUAAAUAUGUAUUUUCUUUUUUAUAAUUUUCAUUAGUUUUUUUUACUAUAGGUAACAAAGUAUUUGUUUUUUUUUUUGUUUAUUUGCUUAAGAAAGUUAAAUAAAAGUCAAAAAGAAGGAAUAAAGAAAAACACGGUCUCCCAAUAUAAUUUCCAACUCGAAAACCAACAAAAAAAACAAUAUUUGUCACGCGAUCCUUUUAAUUAUAAAAAAUAUUAUUAAUUUUAAUUUUCUUUUAUUUUUUUAAAAAUUAACUUUUAAAUUAUUUAACUUUUUUUUUGAUUUAUUUAAAAGUUACUUCUACAUAUAUUAUUGUAAAUAAAGAUUAUACAUUGAAAAUAAAAAAAAGUAAAUAUAAAAACAAAAAUUAUAAAAACAAAACACAAUUAUCUAUUUUAUAAGAAGUUUCUUGUUUUCUUAUAAAUACAAAUAAUUGUUUUAUUUUUUACCAAUAAAUUGUUUAAUCUUAAAAUUAAAAAAACAAAAAAAAAAAACACGUAAAUAAAAACAAAAACAAAAAAGGAAAAGGAAAAGAAAUAAAAACACAAGUUAAUGUUAAUGUAUUUCUUUUUAAAAUAAACAAAAAUAUAAAAAUUGUAAAUCUAAGUAGUAAGAGAAAUUAAUUUUAAGCGUAAGAGAAGAUUUAUUAAAUAAGAACAAAAGAAAACAAAUUAAAGAAAAAAACAAAAAAAAACAAAAUUAUAUUAUUAAACGUUUCAUAGUAAUUAGUUAUAAAUGAAAUUAAAGUAAAUAAAUAAUAAAGAAAAACAAAUAUAAAUAUAAAUAUAAAUAAAUGUGGAUAUUAGUGCACGCAAAAACACAAACAAAAAUACACAUAAAUUCACACUUGUGAUACAAGAAAUGAAGUAAAAAACAAACAUUUAAAAUUAAAAUUAUUAAAUGAGAGACAAAUUAAAGAAUUUAAGAUGAGAUGUGUAAAAAAAAGAAGAAGCAAGAUUGCAACAGAUGAAAAACUGUUAAAAGAAAUAAGAAAGAAUGGAUAUUUUUGUAAGGCAAGCGAAAACUAGGAAAUAAAAGUUGAUCUCUUAAAGGUCAGUUUAAUGAAGAAGAAGAAGAAGAAUGUAAGCAAACAAAUAAAAAUAAAAUAAAAGAGAAUUAUAUCUUAAUUUGAAUUUAAAUAAUAAAAAUAUGUAAUAAUGUACAGUGUACUGCUCGAAAUUGUUUAAAUUUAAACCCAUGCUAACACACGAUGUUGGUUAAAAAACAAACAAAAACAAAAACAAAACGUAUAAACCUGCGUUGGCAUAAUUUAACUUGUAAACGAUUUAUAUACUAAAGCAAACAAAAAUGUUAAUCUUUAAUACUUUAACUUAUAGUUUACUAAAUAAAAUUUCUUCGUGUACUAAAAUUUAA